GUGACAUGCCUGCAAGUCAAAGGAAGGAAAGGUCAAGGUCUAAUGGAAACGCCUCCAGCAGUGUUUAGGUUUCCGUAUUAAAGAAUCGAGUUAAGAUAAAACGUCAACUGGACCGUGUAAAUCUCUACGGGUCGUGUCUUUCAAAAUCAAGGUUACAUUAAUCUGAAGAAAUGGCUCAGGCAAUCCAGGUGUGUGAGAUAGAUGAAGAGUUGAAGGCUCAACUGAAGAAGUUCAGAUUCAGAAAAGACAAGAAUAUCUCAGCAAUUGUCUGUAAAAUUAAAGAGACAACGGUAAUAAUUGAUGAGCAAUAUGAAGAUAUUUCCCUUGAGGAUCUCCAAGAAGAGGUUCCGUCCACUCAGGCUCGAUUUAUCUUCUUAAGUUACUGUUUAAACCACAGCGAUGGUAGAAUUUCAUAUCCACUGUGCUUCAUCUACUUACAUCCUAGAGGCACCAAACCUGAACAGGGUAUGAAAUAUUCUGGAACGAAACUUCAUCUUCAAAAGGAGUCUGGUGUCACAAAGUGCUUUGAUCUGACAAGCGUGGAAGACUUAACGAAGGAGUGGCUUGAAGGGAAACUCAGUUUCUUUGGUUAGCUGACUACCUGUCCUUUUACUAGGGGUGCUCUUCAGUGCCAAGGGUUAUAAUGUAAGCCUUCUCUGCCUCAAACCAAUUUGUACUUAUGAGAGGAUUUGGGGCUUUAGCAGUAUUAAGAUUGGCCCUAAAUGAAUGCUGCUUAUCACAGCGUUCUGUGCUACUGAUCACCGUUUCACUUGAAGGAUUCGGGUUCUUUUUCAAAAUGUCCACAGAUUUACAUUAAACUUACUGGGUUUGAAAAUAAUGAUAGUGGGAAGCUUCCCU